AGACUGGCAGCUGCUUUGGAGUUGUGUGUUAAUUCAGAACACAAGGAGAAAUAAAAAAGGGAGAGAAACAGAGAGUGAACUAUCAAAUGGAAAAGAGAGAAAGGAGGAUGGAAAAGGGUAACUACGACACAAAGAGGAAAAUAUAAACACAGAGCUGCGAGCGCGAGACGAGGAGGAGAGGUGUGAGAAGUGACCAGGAAAGAACACAACAGAGCAGUCCGGGAAGAGAGGAGAAGGGGAAAAGAAGAAGGAUAAACUAAGAAAAGAGGAGGGAGGGAGGUAAAGGGAUGAGGAAUUGGAGAGAAUAAAUGAGAGGGAGAGAGGAUAGUCAAGAAGGGGAUGAUAGACAGAAAGGAGGAGGGGGUGGAAAUAGAGAACAGCAGGAGAGAGGGGUGGAGGAACGACAGAUUGACUGACUGACUGACUGAGGGAGGGAGGGCCGGCCCUCUUUGCCAGCACGUGUGGGGCGGGGUUUUGUAUUUAAGAGGAGAGGAGGGGAGGACAGGCAGGCUCUGAACACAGAGCUAGACAGUGGACAUCAGCAGCAAACAAGCAGAGUCAGUCUAAGAGCCCCUGCCUCAGUCCUGACGAAUCCUCUCUCUCUCUCGCUCGCUCCUCACUGAGACUCUACUCUGCUGCCCCUCUCUGUCUCACCCGGUCUCUUCUCUGGAGAGUGCUUGCUGUGUUUUUGGGGAUGGCUCUGAAGCCCGUGCUGGCUGCCCUGGUCUGUGCCCUGCUGGCCCAGGCGCUGGGAGGCAGGGCUGAUUUGGGGGCGCCCGUGGGCUACUACCCUCGUUUUAACCCCUUCUUCUUCCUGUGCACCCACCACGGGGAGCUGGAGGGGGGUCUGGAAGAGGGGGAGGUGGUCAUCUCGCUGCAGAUUGCAGGAAACCCCUUGGCAUACGUCCCGGGACAAGAGUACCAGGUCACCAUCUCCACCAGCACCUACUUCGAUGGGCUCUUGGUGACCGGCCUCUACACCUCCACAACCGUCCAAUCAGCCCCCAGCGUGGGCGGCCCAGGAGCGUUUGGCUUCGGCAUCACGUCGGAGCGUCAGUUCGGGACGCAGUUCAUGUGCAGUGUGGUCGCCUCCCACGUCAGCCACCUGCCCACCACCAGCCUGAGCUUCAUGUGGAUCGCCCCCCCGCCAGGCACCGGCUGCGUCAACUUCAUGGCGACGGCCACACACAGAGGACAGAUCAUCUUCAAAGACGCCUUGGCUCAGCAGCUGUGUGAGCAGGGAGCCCCCACAGAGUCCCCCCUGAGACCCAGUCUGGCUGAGAUCCAUGGAGACAAUGUGAUCCUUCGGGACGAUUUCGAUUCCAACCAACAGGGGGAGCUGAAUUCCAAUAUCUGGUCAGAUUGCAGUAACUGUGAACUUGGGGAGCAGUGUGGGGUCCUCAUGCACGGCAAUGCCAUCACCUUCUGUGAACCACAUGGGCCAAGAGAGCUGACAAGUGUACCUUUGAACACGACCACCGCCUCUGUCCUGCAGUUUUCUAUCGGCUCUGGCUCCUGUCGGUUCAGCUACUCUGACCCCCACAUCAUCGUCUCCUACAACAGGAAUGGCUCAAAGGACUGGGCCCCCCUGGAGAAGAUCAGGGCCCCCACUAACAGCAGCACAGUGAUCCACCUGCUGCACCUGUCCAGCGAGUCGAAGGGGGAGGCCAUACGUCUCCGCUGGCACCAGGAGCCUCUGUCGGGCAUUGAGCGCUACGAGUCGUGCUGGGCGCUCGACAACAUCCUGCUGAUCAAUGCUGCACACCGGCCCGUCCUGCUGCAGGACAGUCUGGACCCCCCUGACACCGCAAACUGGCUCUUCUUCCCCGGGGCCACUGUCAAGCAUGCAUGCCAGUCAGAGGGGAACGCAAUGUAUUUCCAUGGGACGGAGGUUGCUGGAUUCAGCUUUGCCUCGACACGAGAUGUGGACCUGAGCCGAGAGGAGGGGCAGAGCACCUGGUGGGAGGGGUUUGAGAGUCCACCCGCAGGCUGGGAGAUCUGGGGUGCUGUCUACGGUGUGGAGUGUGGAGAGCUGGAGUCGGGCUCCUCGCUGGUGUUUCUUCGGGACGGAGAGCGGAAGGUUUGCACCCCCUACCUGGACACCACUGUGUACGGCAACCUGAGACUGCACUUCACAAUGGGUGGCGGGCAGUGUGACCCCGGAGAGUCACAUGACAAUGACAUCACUCUCUACGCCAAGAUGGAGGGCAGGAGGGAGCACGUUGUUUUGGAUGUACUGUCCUAUUCAUCCUACAGGAACCCCUCGGUGGUCUCGGUCGCGAUCCCCCCAGAGCUGCAGACUCUGGCCACACAGUUCUGUCUGGAGCAGCGAGUCCACGCCGGGCUGAACCGCAACGUCUGGGCCAUCGACUACCUGCACCUGCUGCCAGUGCUGCCCACCUCCCAGACGCACAUGAUCCAGUUCUCCAUCAACCUGGGCUGCGGCUCCUACCAGCCGUCUAACAGCGUCAAUCUGGAGUUCUCCACCAAUCACGGGCGGUCGUGGUCUCUGCUGCACACGGAGUGUCUGCCGGAACUCUGCUCGGGGCCCCACCUCCCGCACAGCACCGUCUACUCCUCUGACAACUACAGCGGGUGGAGCCGGAUAACAAUCCCCCUGCCAAACUCCGCACUGACCAGCAGCACACGCUUCCGCUGGAGACAGACAGGCCCGGGGGCCGGGAACAUGUGGGCCAUCGAUAACGUCUACGUCGGACCCUCCUGUCUUAAGUUCUGCUCCGGCCGUGGCCAGUGCACCAGGAACGGCUGCAAGUGUGACCCAGGUUUCUCUGGCCCGGCCUGUGAAAUGGCCUCCCAGACGUACCCAGCAUUCAUCUCGGAGAGCUUCCUCACCCCGCGCCUGUCCUCCUACCACAACUUCCAGUCCAUCCGCGGGGCCGAGGUCAGCUUUGGAUGCGGGGUGCUGGCCAGCGGGAAGUCCCUGGUCUUCAACAAGGACAGCCGGCGCCACCUCGUCACCUCCUUCCUGGACAGCACGCAGGCCAGGUACCUGCAGUUCACCCUUCGUCUGGGCAGCCGUAGCAUCAUGAGCACCUGCAGGGCCCCCGACCAGCCAGGAGAGGGCGUCCUGCUGCAUUACUCCUUCGACAACGGCAUCACCUGGAAGCUGCUGCAGCACUUCACCUACCAGGGCUUCCAUGAACCCAGGAUCAUCUCUGUGGAGCUGCCGGAGGACGGCCAGCAGUUCGGGGUUCAGUUCCGCUGGUGGCAGCCCUACCACUCGGGGCGUGGGCUGGACGUGUGGGCCAUCGACGAGAUCACCAUGACCUCAGUGCUCUUCAACAGCAUCAGCCUCAACUUUAACAACCUGCUGGAGGUCACCCAGUCCCUCGGCUUCUACCUGGGAAACGUGCAGCCCUACUGCGGCCACGACUGGACUCUCAGCUUCACCGGUGAGCCCAGUCCGGGGUCCAGUCUCCGCUAUGUGGAGACGCAGUCCAUGCAGAUCGGAGCCUCCUACAUGAUCCAGUUCAGCCUGGUGAUGGGCUGCGGCCAGGACUUCACCCCCAACAUGGACAACCAAGUCAGCUUGGAGUACUCCAGCAACCACGGGCUCACCUGGCACCUGGUGCAGGAGACCUGCCUGCCCGGGAUGCCGAGCUGCCCUGAGUUCACGUCCCCCAGCGUGUACCACCCCUCAGAGUUCACCAACUGGAGGAGAGUCACACUGCCCCUGCCGCACAAGACCUGGUCCAGUGCGACCCGGUUCCGUUGGAUCCAGAGUUACUACACGGAUCAGGACGAGUGGGCUCUGGACAGUAUCUACAUCGGGCAGCAGUGCUCUCACAUGUGCCACGGGCAUGGCUGGUGCAACCACGGCCUCUGCAGCUGUGACGAGGGUUUCACUGGUCCGGACUGCCAGCCCAAAGCACCCCUCUCCUCCAACGUCAUGUCGGACUUCGAGUCCCAGAAUGCACUGCUCAGCACCUGGCAGGAGGUGAUUGGUGGAGAGCUGGUGAAGCCUGAGCAGGGCUGUGGGGUCAUCUCCUCGGGGUCAUCGCUGUACUUCAGCAAGGCGGGCCGCAGGCAGCUGGUGAGCUGGGAUCUGGAGACGAGCUGGGUGGACUUCCUGCAGUUCUACCUACGCGUGGGGGGGGAGACGGCGGAGUGCAACCGCGCCGACAACCGUGAGGAGGGGGUGCUGCUGCAGUACAGCAACGAUGGGGGCAUCACCUGGGGGCUGCUGGCUGAGAUGUACUUCUCUGACUUCACCAAACCCAGGUUUGUGUACUACGAGCUCCCCGAAGCUGCCAAGACCUCCUGCACACGCUUCCGCUGGUGGCAGCCGAUGCAUUCUGGGGAAGGGUACGACCAGUGGGCCAUCGAUGACAUCAUCAUCCUCUCUGAGAGGGAGAAGCAGAUCAUCCCAGUCGCUAACCCGACCCUGCCCCAGAACUUCUAUGAGAGACCAGCCUUCGACUACCCGUUGAACCAGCUGAGCAUGUGGCUGAUGCUGGCCAACGAGGGCAUGGAGAAGAACGAGACCUUCUGCACGGCCAGCCCCUCCGCCAUGACCUUCGGGAAGUCAGAGGGAGACCGCUUUGCUGUGACCAGGGACCUGACCGUCAAGCCAGGCUACACCCUGCAGUUCAAGCUGAAUAUCGGCUGCACGGCGCACUUCAGUGCCUCGGCCCCGGUGCUGCUGCAGUACUCUCACGACGCGGGGCGCAGCUGGUCCCUGGUUCGAGAGGGCUGCUACCCGGCCUCCCCCGGGGUGCGGGGCUGUGAGGGGAGCUCCCGGGAGUUGAGGGAGCCCAGCGUGUUCUACGCCGGGGACUUUGAGCAGUGGAGCCGUGUCACCAUCGUCAUCCCACGGGCUGUGGCUGCCAGUAAGACCCGGUUUCGGUGGAUCCAGGAGAGCACUGUCCAUAAGAACGCCCCUCCCUUUGCUCUGGACGGGGUGUACAUCUCAGAGCCCUGCCCCAACCACUGCGGGGGCCACGGAGACUGCGUCUCGGGAGUCUGCUUCUGCGACAUGGGCUACUCAGUGGAGCAGGGCACUUGCGUGGCGAGCGUGCCCAACCCCAGUGAGAUGAACGACCGAUUUGAAGGGAAGCUUAGCCCGCUCUGGCACCAAUUGACAGGGGGGCAGGUGGGCUCUGACUGCGGGACCCUCAGUGAUGGCAAGGCGCUGUACUUCAACAGCUCGGGGCGAAGAGAGGCCAGGACUGUCCCCCUGGACACCACCAACACCCGGCUGAUCCAGUUCUACAUCCGAAUCGGCAGCAGUAACCUGGGGGCGCCCUGCAACAAACCAAGAGUAAGGAACGAAGGGGUCGUGGUUCAGUACUCUGGUAAUAACGGCGUGACCUGGCACCUGCUCAGUGAGCUCGACUUCAUCUCCUUCCUCGAGCCGCAGAUCAUCACCAUCGAACUGACCCCCGAGGCCAAGACCCCCGACACAGCCUUCCGCUGGUGGCAACCCCUUCACGGGAAGCACUCUGCUCAGUGGGGUCUUGAUGACGUCUUGAUCGGAAUGAAUGACAGCUCGCGGAUGGGUUUCCAGGACAAGUUUGACGGCUCGUCGGACCUGCGGGUGAACUGGUACCGAGUCCAGGGGGGGCAGGUGGAGGUGGACUGCCUGUCUCUGGACACAGCGCUGCUCUUCAACAGUUACAGCGGGAAGCCCCGCUACGCAGAGAGCUGGGAUUUCCAUGUGAGCAGCUCCUCCUUCCUCCAGUUUGAGAUGAGCAUGGGCUGCAGCAAGCCCUUCCCCAACGCGCACGCCGUGCAGCUGCAGUACUCCCUCAACACCGGCCGGGACUGGCACCUGCUCACCCCUGAGUGUGUGCCCCCUGCAAUCGGCUGUGCCACCUACACCCAGAGCUCCGUCUACACCUCCCAGCGCUUCCAGAACUGGAGGAGAGUUACUGUGUACCUGCCCAGCGCCACCAAUUCCCCCAGGACACGGUUCCGCUGGAUCCAGUCAGAGUACACCCCUGGCUUGGACUCCUGGUCCAUUGAUAAUGCACUGUUGGCAUCGGGCUGCCCCUGGAUGUGCUCAGGACACGGGAUCUGUGAAUCGGGACGCUGUGUGUGUGAUCAUGGUUUCGGGGGUCCCUACUGCGUCCCCAUCACUCCCCUGCCCUCCAUUCUGAAGGACGAUUUCAAUGGGAACCUGCACCCUGACCUGUGGCCCGAAGUGUACGGAGAGGAGCGUGGGAUGCUCAACGGGGAGACCCUCAAAUCUGGGACGGCGCUCAUCUUCAAAGGGGAGGGACUCCGCAUGCUGGUGUCCCGGGACCUGGAUUGCACCCACACCAUGUACAUCCAGUUCUCUUUCAAAUUCAUUUCCAAAGAGGCGCCAGAGCGCUCGCACUCCAUCCUGCUGCAGUCCUCUGUGAACGGAGGGAUCUCCUGGCAGCUGCUUGACGAGUUCUACUUCCCCCUCACCACCGACGUUCUGUUCUUACACGUGCCCAUCCCCCACGCCGCGCAGACCAACGCAACACGGUUCCGCCUCUGGCAGCCCUACAACAGCGGUAAGAAUGAGGAGGUGUGGGUGAUCGAUGACCUCAUCAUUGACGGGAACACCAUGAAGACCCCAGCCUUCCUGACAGACAGCUUCGAGCUCGGCCCUCGAGAAGACAGCUGGCUAUUCUAUCCCGGGGGCAACACCGGCCUCUACUGCCCCUACCAGAAGGGGGCGCUGGAAGAUGACUCGGCCAUGGUGUUUGUAUCCAAUGAGGCUGGGGAACACUCCAUCACCACCAGGGACAUGGAUGUGUCUGAGAACACUGUUAUCCAGUUUGAGAUCAACGUGGGCUGCACCUCCGAUAGCUCAGCGUCAGACCCAGUUCGUCUGGAGUUCUCUCGUGAUUUCGGGGCCACGUGGCACCUCCUGGUCCCCCUGUGUCAUGGUGGCAGCCGGCUGAGCUCCCUGUGCUCCACGGAGCACCACCCUGGCAGCAUCUACUACCCGGGCACCACGCAGGGCUGGAGGAGGGAGCUCGUCCACUUCGGGAAGCUGCGGCUGUGCGGGUCUGUGCGGUUCCGCUGGUAUCAGGGUUUCUACGUUGGGGGCACGCCGCCCGCCACCUGGGCGCUGGAUAAUGUGUACAUCGGGCCGCAGUGUGAGGACAUGUGCAGCGGACACGGGGCGUGUGUGAAUGGAACCCACUGCGAGUGUGACCCGGGGUACUCCGGACCCACCUGCAAAACCAGCAGCACCGCCAACCCAGACUUCCUCACAGAGGACUUUGAAGGCACUCUGGACACGGGGCUCUUUGUGCUGGUGAGUGGAGGGAAGCCAUCCCGGAAAUGCAGCAUCCUGUCGAGUGGGAACAACCUCUUCUUCAGCGAGGAGGGCUUCCGAAUGCUGGUCACCACUGACCUGAACCUCUCCAAUGCCAGGUUCGUCCAGUUCUUCAUGCGGCUGGGCUGUGGGAAGGUGGCCCCGGACCCCCGCUCUCUGCCCGUGCUGCUGCAGUUCUCACUGGAUGGAGGUCUGUCCUGGAGGCUUCUGCAGGAGUUCCUCUUCAGCAACUCCAGCAACCAGGUCCGCUUCGUGGCGCUAGAGAUCCCGCUGCGGGCGCGCAGCCCCUCGACCAGACUGCGCUGGUGGCAGCCCUCUGACAACGGGCACUUCUACAGCCCCUGGGUCAUCGACCAGAUCGUGGUGGGCGGCAGUGCCUCAGGCCUCCCUGUCCUGGAGGAUGACUUCUCCCUGGCUGACCAGCGCUCCUGGCUGCUCCACCCUGGUGGGACGCGGAUGCCCGUGUGCGGAUCCUCCGGAGAUGCCUUCGCCUUCAUCGAGAAAGCCAACACCAGAUACGCCGUCACCACCGACCUCACGCUGACGCAGGACUCCUUCAUACAGUUCGACUUCUCAGCAUCCUGCUCCGUCAGCAACUCCUGCUACGCCAUCGAGCUGGAGUACUCCCUGGACCUGGGUCUGACCUGGCAGCCCCUGCUGAGAGAUUGCCUGCCCAUCAGCCUGGACUGCACCCGCUACCAGCUGCAGAGAGUGCUGGUGUCAGACACCUUCAACAAGUGGGGGCGCGUCACCCUGCCCAUCCCUCCCCAUGCCAGGUCUCCAGCUACUCGCUUCCGCUGGUAUCAGCCGGCCCCCUUUGACAAGCAGCAGACCUGGGCUCUGGACAACCUGUACAUCGGAGACGGCUGCGUGGACAUGUGCAGCGGGCACGGGCGCUGCGUGCAGGGCAACUGUGUCUGUGACUCUCAGUGGGACGGUCUGUACUGUGAUGAGCCCGAGGGCUCCCUGCCCACCCAGCUGAAGGACAACUUCAACCGAGCUCCCGCCACGCACAACUGGCUGCUGCUCCAGGGGGGCAAGCUGAGCGGGGUGUGUGGGGCCGUCGCCUCUGGAACAGCGCUGCACUUCAGUGGGGGCUGCAGCAGGCAGCUCGUGACGGUGGAUAUGAACCUAACCAACGCGGAGUUCAUCCAGUUCUACUUCAUGUACGGCUGCCUGAUCCCUCCUAGCCAGCGCAGCCAGGGCGUGCUGCUGGAGUUCAGCGUCAAUGGAGGCAUCACUUGGACCCUGCUCACCGAGAUCUUCUAUGACCAGUACAACAAGCCAGGUUUCCUCAACGUGCUGCUGCCCCCUGCUGCUCGGGAGGAGGGAGUGCGGGUGCGCUGGUGGCAGCCCAAACAUGACGGGCUGGACCAGAACGACUGGGCACUGGACAACGUGCUGAUUGGAGGCUCGGCAACCCAGAGGACUGGCAUCGUGGACACUUUCAGCGGGGCUGCACUGCCCCAGCACGAGAGGGCCCCCGCUGACUCUGCACCCACUGGCAGGAUCUUACACGAACCCCGGGCAGAGGAGAGGGGCACAGUGAGUGAACACUGGAUGUUCCACGAUGACUGCCUGGUGGAGCGGUUCUGCAACUCCCCCAAUGGUGUAAUGGUAUGUGGGAGCCACGACGGGCGAGAGGUGUAUGCUGUGACCCGCGACCUCACCCCGACCCAGGGCUGGAUCAUGCAGUUCAAGAUUUCGGUGGGCUGUCGGAGCACGGAGAAGGCGUCUCAGAGCCAGGUGCAUGUCCAGUACUCAGUGGAUUUUGGGGUCAGCUGGAGGUACCUGGUGCCCCAGUGCCUCCCGUCGGACCCGCAGUGCUCUGGGCAGGUCUCCCAGCCCUCUGUCUUCUUCCCCGCGCUGGGGUGGAAACGAGUCAUCUACCCGCUGUCUGGACAGCUCACCGGCAAUGCUGUGAGGUUCCGCUUCUAUCAGAAAUACUCAGACACGCGUUGGGCCAUUGACAGCUUCUACAUAGGACCCGCCUGCCCUGACAACUGUGGCGGCCACGGGGAUUGCCUGAAGGAAAGGUGCCUUUGUGAUCCUGGCUUCUCUGGACCCAACUGCUACCUGAGUCAGACUCUCAGGAGCUCCCUGAAGGAGCGCUUCGACACGGACGAGGUGCGGCCGGACCUGUGGCUCUCCCUGGAGGGGGGGCGCCCCUGCACGGACUGCGGUGUGCUGGUGGAGGACACAGCGCUCUAUUUCGGGGGGGCCAACACCAGACAGGCCGUCACCACCGACCUGGACCUGCGCGGAUCCAAGUUUGUGGAGUACUGGGCCCGGAUCGGCAGCGAGAACAACAUGACAACCUGCCACCGGCCAGCCUGUCGGAAAGAGGGGGUCCUGCUGGACUACUCCAGCGAUGGAGGGAUGUCCUGGACCUUGCUCCAUGAGAUGGACUAUCAGAAGUACGUUGCGGUCAGACGUGACUACAUCGUCCUUCCUGACCAGGCUCAGACCAACACCACUCGCCUGCGCUGGUGGCAGCCCUUCGUCCUGACCGACGGGACGGCAGUGCCCAGCCUGGACCGCGCUCAGUGGGCUCUCGAUAACAUCCUGAUCGGAGGGGCAGAGAUCAAUCCCAGCCAGCUGGUGGACAACUUCGACGAUGAGGGUGUGUCCCAUGAGGAGAGCUGGAGUUUCUACCCCAAUGCGGUGCGCACCGCUGGUUUCUGUGGGAACCCCACCUUCCACCUGUACUGGCCGAAUAAGAAACUGGACGACACCCACAACAUCCUGGCCACCCGCGAGCUCAUCAUCCAGCCAGGCUACACCCUGCAGUUCAAGAUCGUGGUGGGCUGUGAGGUGGAAAGCUGUGGGGAGCUCCACUCAGUGCUGCUGGAGUACAGGAAAGACGCCAGGAUGGACUCGUGGCAGCAAGUUCAGGAGGAGUGCCUCCCCUCCUCGGUGAACAAUGUGGGCUGCUCUCCGUUCCAGUUCCACGAGGCCACCAUCUACAGCGCUGUCAACAGCUCCACCUGGAGCCGGGUCACACUGCAGCUCCCUGACCACGUCUCCUCCAGUGCCACACAGUUCCGGUGGAUUCAGAGAGAGGGCAGUGCGGAGAAGCAGAGCUGGGCAGUGGACCAGGUGUAUAUCGGGGAGGCCUGUCCCAGACUGUGCAGCGGACACGGUUACUGCACCAGUGGGGCGGUGUGCAUCUGCGACGAGGGGCACCAAGGUGACGACUGCUCCAUCUCCUCCAGCGACCUGCCCAGCUACAUCAAGGACAACUUCGAGUCGGAGCGCGUGACAGAGGUGAACUGGCAGCAGAUCCAGGGCGGGGGCAUCGGCAGCGGCUGUGGCCAGCUCUCCCCUCACGCUCACGGGGACUCGCUCUACUUCACCGGCUGCAAGACGAGACAGGCCGUCACCCGGCCCCUGGACCUGACACGAGCCAGUAAGAUCAUGUUUGUGCUGCAGAUCGGCAGCGUGGCCCAGACUGACAGCUGCAACAUGAACCUGGGCGAACCCAACACAGUGGACAAGGCCGUGCUCCUGCAGUACAGCGUCAACAACGGCAUCACCUGGCACGUCAUCGCCCAGCACCAGCCCAAGGACUUCAUCCAGGCGCAGCGCGUCUCCUACAACAUCCCGCUGGAGGCGCGAGUCAAAGGGGUGCAGCUCCGCUGGUGGCAACCACGGCACAACGGGACGGGUCACGACCAGUGGGCCCUGGACCACGUGGAAGUCGUUCUCACCCGCAAACAAAACUACAUGAUGAACUUUUCAAGGCAGACUGGAUUGCGUCACUUCUACAGCAGGAAGAGGCGGGCUCUGAGACGACACUUCUGAGGGCUCUCCGCCCACCGCCUGCCAAUAUCACAUAAAUCCCACCCCUCCCGACACCAACUGGUUCCAGAGACCAAUCAACUUUAACCAUCCCGCUGCUUUCUGACUGACACACUGGCCAUCCAAUCAGGUGUCAAGAGACCUGGACUGAGCCACGGCCAAUCAGCAUCGCUUUUUACCAGGAAGGCGUGAGAAGUCCUCCUGUCCGCCCAUUUCUUUGCAUUUUUUAAUUUAUUUUUUUACUCUCCCCUUCCGCAAUGUGAAAAAAUAAAAAAAACAAGUCAGCGAGAGGACAGGAAAGUAAUACUUACAAUACUGAUGAAAAUGAUGAUGAUGGCGUACUGUUUUUUGCUGUCUUUGUGUCUGUGAAUUUUCGUGUCGCGUUGGUGUGGUGAUCAGUUAGUUGUUUUUUUUGUUUGUUCUAAGUAACAGAGGACCAGCCUCUGAAGAAGAAAAGAGAGAGAAGCACAAUGAAAACAGACUGAGCGAAGAUUUCUUUUGUUUGUUUUUCUCUGAGAUGCAGAUGUUUAUCGUAACAUUCCCACGUACCUAUUUAAGUGCACUGUAUGUUCAGUAUGUAUGUUAUUUUCUAGAGUCGUUAAGUUAUUAGUGUUAGAGCCACAGGUUCGGUUUCUUUUGGUUUCUUUUCUGAUUUGUAUUUUUGCUUGGUUUUUUUCUACCUGCGUUGAAGUCGGUGUUGUUUUGCAGUCUGUUGUGUAUUUAUGGACCCCUCAGUGUAGACCCUGUAUAUGAACCCCCUGUAUAUAUAUCUGUAUCCGCUAGGGGGCUCUCCGAACUGUCUUAAAGGGAAUAAACUACUGGCCAAGCCUGUGUGUAGCACUG